AUGUCGAUGAAGGCUCAAGACUUCGUGCGCGUGAAGCUUUCCAAAGAGUUCAAUCUUGCCACUGAGUCGGAUCCCAAUGACGUCGACCACGAGUGUGCAGCCGCCGAAUUCAUCGCACAGAAGACGGGAUGGCCCUAUCUCAAGGAGUGCUGGGUUGGCGAGUCCACCGAGCUCGUCUUCGGUGUCUACAUAGACUACAGAAACAGAGCCCAUCCUCCCAAGCGGAUCGAGCGGUCGCGCUCGCCACCUAUCGAGCUCGCGGAUAGGCUGGACGACUGGAUGCCACUCAUGUGCCAGUGCCACGUGAAGUGGUUCCGCUACGUGGACGCGUCCUACUCGCCAUUGGGAAGGGGAGAAAUACUUGACGCCGACGGGGAUGAAGAGGACGAUGCGUACAGCGAUGACGGUGUGGAAUACGGAGACGAUGAAGGUUACGACGAUGAGUCUGUCGGAUGGGAUGGGGGGAUGUCCAACACGUGGAGGUAG